AUGCAGAGGCGCUCGUCCGACAAUUCGGACGGGACCGACCAUUCCUCGAAGAGUCGUCCGCCUCUGCGCCUGUCAACCGAUCCUGGUCAUGGAGCUUCAACAACCACCGCGAACUCAGAUACCGACCAAGCCUUGCAGUCGCAAAUAGCUUCUACUCCCGUUGCUCUCACAAAUUCCGAUCAUCGCCUCAAUAAUAAUAAUAAUUCCGUCGUUUCCCCUCGAUCCCGGACCUCGAGUGCCGUCCGAAACUCCUUCUCCUCUCUCGCCUCAGCUUCGCAUGCCUCCCCGUCGCCGACGCCUUCCCCCAAGCCAACGGCCGCAAUGAUGCCCUUGGCGUCCCGGCAACUCUCUUUUGAGAGCUCGCCAGAAACCUCUCAGCGCGUUCGACACCAUCGGCUUCGCAGUCCGUGGUCGAUAUCUAUUCUGGCUCUGUCCACCGCACUUGCCGGUGUCUUCUUUCUCCUAUACAUCGCACAUUCCUUUGUGAAUCGGUCUGUUGGCGCCGAUGGCUGUCGGGUGCCCAUGAUGAGUCCGACUUAUUUGCGAAUGGUCGGAUUCGAUGCUGAGCAUACGAGGUUUGCAAGCAAAUACAAUCUUUAUCUCUACCGCGAAGAGGGUGUCGACCAUUAUUCGCAGGAGAACAUCGGGCUAAGUGGUGCACCAGUUCUCUUUCUCCCCGGAAACGCUGGUAGCUACAAACAGGUCCGCUCACUGGCCGCCGAAGCCUCGCGACACUUUCAGGACGUUAUUUCGUAUGAUAAGGACCGUCUGGACGCAGGAACUCGCAACUUGGAUUUUUUUAUGGUUGACUUCAAUGAGGAUAUGGCUGCCUUCCACGGUCAGACUAUUUUGGAUCAAGCGGAAUACGUCAACGAGGCACUUGCGUAUAUUCUCUCUCUAUACCACGACCCCAAUCGCUCGCAUCGCGAUCCCAGUCUACCGGAUCCGAGUUCCGUUAUCUUGAUCGGCCACUCAAUGGGUGGUAUUGUGGCGCGCACAGUCUUGACCAUGGCCAAUUACCAAGCGAACUCCGUUAACACCAUUAUCACCAUGUCUGCUCCCCACGCCAAGCCACCUGUAUCCUUUGAUUCCGACAUUGUCCAUACCUACAAGCAAAUCAACGACUAUUGGCGAGGCGCAUAUUUGCAGGAAUGGGCAAACAACAACCCCCUUUGGCAUGUCACAUUGAUAUCAAUCGCAGGAGGUGCGAGGGAUAAUGUUGUUCCAUCAGACUAUUCUAGUCUCGCUUCACUUGUUCCUGAGACUCACGGCUUCACGGUAUUUACAUCGAGUAUCCCGGAUGUGUGGGUAGGAACCGAUCAUUUGUCCAUCACCUGGUGCGAUCAAUUCCGAAAAGUUGUGAUUAAAUCACUUUAUGAGGUGGUGGAUGUCCAUCGGCCAAGUCAGACUAAGCCCCGAGCGGAACGUAUGCGCAUUUUCAAGAAAUGGUUCUUGACCGGGAUGGAGUCAACCGCGGAGCGCACGCUUCCACAGCAGGAACCCGAUUACCUUCUUACACUAGAGUCGAGCACCAACAAAAUCCUGCCCCAAGGCGAACGUCUCGUUCUACGCGAGUUAGGGAAUCAUCAAGAUUCGGUAGCGCAUCUAAUGCCCGUUCCUCCGCAAGGUGUUCCAGGGAAGAAAUUCACUCUCCUUACAGACCAGCCUUUUGACCAACCAGAUGGAAAGUUGGAGGUCCUGUUUUGUACGGUUUUCCCCAUGCAAGCCGGACGUGGAGCCUCCCUCUUCUCAAUGAGGAUAGAUCUUUCGCGUGGUGGGUCAGGCUCCACACGUCUAGCAUGUAAGAAUGCGGCUCCAGAUAGGAUACAUCUUCCCGCAUCUACGUCUUCAUCACAAAACGCAUUCAGCGAAGGCCCGCCUUUUUCGUAUUUGCAAUACGAGUUGGAGGAAUUGUCCGACCAUCAGUUCGUCGCCGUGGUAGACAAAGCUCAGGCUCGCACGAACGGAUGGGUGAUUGCAGAGUUUUCCGAUAGCUCCGAUGCAGUUAUUCCGACUCGCGUUGGACUUGGAAGGUUGCUCAGUGUCGGACUUCAUAUGAAGCUGCCCGCCAACAGGCCGAUGCUUACAGAAGUCAAGAUUCCGUCAUUACAUUCGAGCUUACUUGCGUACAAACUUUCGGUACACAGUGCAGGCUGCUCUGAUUCGUCUCCACUCUUCACUCCUCUUUUGCGCCAGUCAAUGCCGGAGCCUCACGAAUCCAAGUUUUUUGUCAAUGUCCAUGAUGUCGAUGUAAACCUUCAUGGUGUGGCCCCAUAUAUGCCUCCACCGUUACGUGAAGAAGCAGCGUAUGGAGUUUCUUUCCACUUAUGGUCCGACCCAACAUGCGCAUCGAGCGUUGAAUUGUCGUUGAAAGUCAGCAUUCCGCACAGUUGUGGAGAACUGGUGAUGCGUUAUAGAACCGUUUUUGCAGCAUUCCCGCUAUUGGUUGUUGCUCUUGUUCUGCGUAAACAAUUCAAAAUUUAUGACGAAACGGGCUAUUUCAUUACGUUCAUGGAGAGUUUGAACCUUUGUCUACGCUCAUCGCUUCCUAUAGUUAUUGCCAUAUUGUCAUUAUUGGCAUCGUCACUCGCCUCUAGCCGACGACUUCCUCCGAAUGAUGAUCCCUUCCAUUGGCGCCGGAAUUCGACAGACACAGCAGUUGAUUUCACCAAAUAUGAUCUUCUCCUCGGAGCACAGGAUGCAUUUUUCUGGUUCCUUGUUCCUUUGUUUGGACUGGUUAGCAUUGGUGCAUGUGUUGUAAUAAAUUAUGCAUCUUUGUUGAUUUUGAGCUUGUUGUCAUCGCUGUAUGGGAUGCUGCGGACAAGGACGGGCUACAUUCGCCGCGAAGACCGGAACGGACCGAUUUUCUCCCAUCCAAGUCCGCGCCGAAGGAUAAUCAACGCUUGCAUACUGCUAGUUCUUGUUGCAACUGUGAUACCAUACCAAUUUGCAUACAUGGUUGCAUGCAUGGUGCAAGUGGCGACAUGUGUACGGGCACUGUGGCAUGUUCGAGAGACGCAGCGACAGGCAAAAAGCGCGAGUUUCUUCAACUAUGCGCACUCGAUCUUUACGCUCAUGCUUUGGGUCCUCCCAAUCAACAUUCUUGUACUCGUGGUCUGGGUACACAAUCUGGCUGUACACUGGUUGACACCAUUUUCCUCGCACCACAACGUACUAUCCAUCAUGCCAUUCCUUAUCCUCGUGGAGACCAUGACCAGCGGACUCAUGAUUCCGCGAAUCUUCUCACGAGCCAAACAUAUAACGUACAUCCUUCUCUUUUGCCUCGCUGGGUACUCAGCUCUCUACGGUGUCUCAUACGCCUACCUCCUUCACCACGUGGCCAAUAUAUUCUCAGCAUGGCUUGUAAUCAUAUACCUCGCAUCGGGCGGCUUUUCUGUACAACGUUUCAUUCGAAUCCUAGAAACAGACGAUUAUCAUUCUAAUAGCAACACAAAGAGCGGCGGUGGUAAUAGCUUUGUAUCAGAGAAGGAUACAGGCAAACAUCAUAUCAAGAAGAAGCCCUAA